AUGACCCUAGGUUGCAGUGACUAUCUAGAUAACUGCCAAGUGUACGAUCAAAUGGGUCUAUGUAACAUUCCAAAAUAUUUCGAACUUAUGAAGAAGUACUGUGAAAAGACUUGUCAUCUCUGCAAUAUAACUUCUCAUGCGACUCCACAACCGGUGCAGCCUGGACAGCCCCUGGGUGAAUGUGGCAGGUCUGUGGUUCCUCAGGGCCGUGUUAUCGGUGGAACAGAUGCGAUACACGGAUCGUGGCCCUGGCAAGUAGGUCUGUACGCUGGAGAUGAUGACUCUAAGUUCUUCUGCGGAGGGUCCCUCAUCAAACCAAACUGGGUCGUCACAGCUGCCCACUGCAUUAACGACAAUCUGCCCGUUGCUUCAUACCGCAUUCGCUUGGGAGACUGGCACCGCUUCUUCCCCGACGGCACAGAACAGGUCCGCAACGCGUCCAAAGUGAUUAAACACCCUAAGUACAACUACCCAUCGCUCAUCAAUAACGACAUUGCCUUAAUCAAGCUCGACCACCCGGUGCUGUUGAAUAGUCACGUGAACACCAUCUGUCUUCCUAAGAGAGACGUAGCUGUCUCUCUAAAUAGCACGUGCUAUAUCACAGGGUGGGGCAAGGUGAAACAUCCGGGUGCUUCCUACCACAAACUUCAACAGGCCCAGCUCCCACUUGUCUCCAACGCCGAAUGUUCCCAGAAACUUUCCGCUUCACCCUCGGGGGGAAUACUCAACGUUACCAAACAAAUGGUUUGCGCCGGAAACCUGAACCCCAAUGAAUCGCAGGGAGGUUGCCAUGGCGACAGUGGAGGACCAUUCGUCUGCAAGGACUCCGCAUCCGGGAAGUUCGUCCUACAGGGAGCGGUUAGCUGGGGUUCGCCGAAUUGUAACUUUGCGCAAGUCAACAAACAGUACACGGUGUUUGCCCGAAUCAGCAAAUUUCGCCGUUGGAUAAAUCUUAAAAUUUCUCAAAACUGAACACUAAAGAGCCACAUCUGAAUGGAAGUGACAUUAUGAUAACAAU